AUGAAGCCCGAGGCGUCUGACGAGUUCUCUGCUAAGGGGCAGGUUUCCGGAGACCAACCUUCUGCCGAGAUUGCACCUGGGAAUGCUGAUUCGUCCACGGCCGAAACCGCCCCUGAUGGUCAAGACAAUACCGGUUGGUCUACGGCUGAAUCUACUCCUGAUGGUCUCCAAGACCUCAUAUGGAUGGUAAAGAUCCCUUUCCCUGGCCUGGUUGGCAAAGCUUAG